AUGGAGGGGACGAUGCUGGUGGCUGGACAGGAGAAGCCACAGAAGCGGGUGAGGUUCCGCGUGGCUUCGGGGAACAGCGGCCGGGUGCUGAAGGAGAUGUUCAAGGAUGAGGGGCCUUCAGACUCCCUGGAUUCGGACUGCACCAGCAGCUCUGACGCAGAGCGGGCCAGCACCCCCUCUACGAGUGGAGAAGGACACCUGUAUGGAUACCUGGGCUCCGAGCUGGACGACAGCGAGUGCGAGCCGGACAACCUGCUCAUGUACGCCGCGGGGGCCACCAAGGAUUGGAUGUUCACCACCAAGAGGGUCAACAUACUCAGUAAAAAUGGCACCGUGAGAGGGGUCAGGCACAAAGUCAGCGCAGGUCAGACGCUGUUUGAAAACCUUCCCAAUUCCAACAGUUUGGAGUUAGCUCUUGAAUUUGGGCGAAUAGUGAUCUACACUACGAGUUUCCGUGUGGUGAGGACAACAUUUGAGCGCUGCGAGCUGGUCCGGAAGAUCUUCCAGAACCACAGGGUGAAGUUUGUGGAGAAGAACAUCGCCCUGGACAUCGAGUACGGGAAGGAGUUGGAGGAGCGGUGCAAACGAGUGGGAGAACCUCCCUCGUUACCUGUGGUGUUCAUUGACGGACACUACCUCGGGGGUGCUGAGAAAAUUCUAGGUAUGAAUGAAUCAGGAGAGCUUCAAGACCUUCUGAUGAAAAUCGAGAGGGUACAGCAGCCCCAGACGUGCCAGACCUGUGGGGGCUUUGCCUUCAUCCCGUGCCCAAUGUGCCAUGGCAGCAAGAUGUCCGUGUUUCGCAACUGCUUCACGGAUUCCUUCAAAGCCCUCAAGUGCACUUCCUGCAACGAGAACGGCCUGCAGCCCUGUGUGAGCUGCAGCCACUGA